UAUUAAAUAAAUAUGAUAUGUUUGUGUGUUGCAGGUAUGAAGAAGAUGACAAUAGCUGGUCCAUGACAGACUUGAUGUAUGGUGUGGCUAUGUCAGCUAUUCCUAUCGGCCUCCUCGUCUCAGCCAUCCCUACUGGCCUCUUCACUGUUGCCCUUAGGAGACGAAGCCUUGGUGAUGAUAAUCUGCUGGAGGACAGUCUUAACCCAGAAGAAUUACCCCUGCUACAUGCUUUAGUGGAGAGUGACUUCCUGGCUCUCACCUCCCGGGAGUGCCAAGCGAAGCUCUUCUGUGAACUCACUCGCAUUGGCGAACAUGAGGGUGCCUCGUUCAUGCAGAGAGCCUUCUACUAUGUCUCUACUCUAACCCCAGACUUCCUGGCGCGGAAAGUGGGGCUUGCUCGGCUAUUCCGGACUUCGAGGUCUGGCAACUGCAACAUGUUCCAGUGCUCAGCCACCUCAGCACAGAGACCUCCCCCAAAGGUAACACAUAAGCCUGUAGACACCAAUCGCAUCUCUGAAGAUGUUACCAGCUCCGAUAAGGACACUGUAGAGGUUGCAAAGGAAUGAUGAGGCAUUGUCUUACCCUGACUGCUCUCGCUGCCAUUUCAGCUGAU